GUGAUAUUCUAAGUUUAACGGUACAAGAUGAAGGUCAUCAAUUUCUUCCUUACUACUGCAGUUGUGGCGAUUGGCUUUGCUGGCUUCGACCAAGUUACAAAGCAAUACGCAAAGAGAAGAGCGACGAGUAUGAUUAAUGAGAUGAAGCACACAGGAGAGCUCCCUGAUAGAAAGGAAUUUUUGUAAACCGUACUAGCCACUGAUGAAAUGAAUCUUAUUAUUCAUUUAGUCUUUCUCUUGUUUGUUUGACCCUUGUAAAGAUUCUGUGUUGUAUUCAUAUUGGAGAGUGAAAGUGGCGUGCAGAAGUCGCCUUAGGAUAUAUAAAUAGAUGACGAAGCAAAACGCAACCUUUCAGAAUGUACAAAGGGUAUCAGAAUAAGCCUCUGGCGAAUAAUUGCUUUAUCAAUGCAGUGCUGCAGGUCGUCAUCCGCGGAAGCUUUGACAUAGGUCCUGUUUCAUCAACCUCAGUUUCGAAAGGCCAUUCGGGGGUCGAAAAUUCUCCACAGUCCUCGUGGGUACUGAGACUUUCAUUAGACGCAGAGAACUCUACAGAUUCUGACGACUGUGCGUGCAUCUUGUGUUCGCUGAAGGUAAUAAAAAUGUGUCACAGCAUUACGAUUCCAGACAAUUGA